AUGUCGUCUUCGUCUUCACUUAUGUGCAAUAUAUGUAAAAAAGUUUUUGGGUACCAUCGGAAUUUAGUAGCACAUAGAAAGAAGUGUGGCAGUGGAAUCGUUGAAGAAAACAUCAAUAAAAAAUCAAUAAAAUGUCCAGACAAUAAAUGUGGACAAUUAUUCAGUGGAUAUGCAUUGCUACGAAAACAUGUUGAAGAGUACCACAAAAUCGUUCUAACAAAAGAACAUAUUUAUUUUAAAACUCUAAAUGAUUUUAAGGAAUGGAAACAGAAGGUUGAAAAAGAAAAUGUUUGUUCAUAUGUUACAAAAUCAACAGCUAAUAUAAAAAAUGCAAAACGAACUUAUUACCAUUGUCAUCGUAGUGGAUACUUUAGUAGUAAAUCACGUGGGAUUAAGCGUAUCAAAAGCCAAGGAAGUAAUAAGAUAGGAUCAACAUGUACGUCUUCAAUGGUGGUGACGGAAGAUGCUAAUGGAAUAAAUGUUGAUUAUAGUAGCACCCAUUUUGGGCAUGGGUCUAAUUUAGGUAGAUGUAGGUUAACUGCCGAUGAACGUUCAAUGAUAGCAGGAAAAAUCUCAGAAGGAGUUAGCUUUUCAAAAAUUUUGGACGAUAUUAGAAAUAAUGUUCAAAGUAUUUAUGAUGUCACCACUGUUAUUUCAAAGAGAGAUUUACGAAAUGUUGAAAGGGAUUUCAAUUUAGUUGAGGGUAAAGCUCAUUCUUCAGACUAUGUUAGUGUACGUAUAUGGAUGGAAAAUAUGAGCAGUUUAUCUGAAGAAGAAAAUCCAAUCAUUUAUUCCUAUUUGGAAAAUGAUGAUAUCUUUGAAAGGUUUAUUAAAUUAGCCAAAAAUAAAUACUGCAGUAAAGAAGAUAAAAUUAUGAUGAGCCACAAUGCUGCUGUUAAAAUAUGUGAUGCCAAAAUUGAACGUAUGUCUCCUACAACUUGGAAAAUAAUUUCUACUACUGAAAAAGAAUCAUCCUAUGAUGUCAGUAAAGUACAAGAAAUCUGUGUUUUAAGCAAUUGUAAAUUGAAAUGUCGCUUAUGUAAUAUAUGUAAUCAUAUAUAUACAUGUGGCUGUCCAGAUUUUAUGAUUAGAUCAAAUAUUUGUAAACAUAUUCACUUAAUUUUACUGUCAGAAGAGCAUUCAGUUCAGACUUUUUUCACACAGCCCGAUGAAUCAACUGAACAGUUUGAUAAUUUUGAAAAACUUCUAGUGAACCAAGAUAUUACAGAACCUGUUGAAAAAGAAAAAAAAUCAAUUAUUAACAAAUUAAUGAUAGGUGUCGGUUUAAUGAAUUCUAAUGAUUAUUCAAUGGACGAUUGCACUGAUAUACAGAAGAAAGUUGAUUCACUUCUGAAUACCAUUCAAAGAAAAAAAAGGAAACUAAUAGAUACUAACAACAUAGAGCCUUCCAAUAAAAAAAUUGAUAAACAGCUUCGACUUGUAACAAAAAAAACUAAUUGUAAAUCUCAACUUCAAAAUAUUACUACUGAACGUGAAAAAAUUGAAAUAAAACAAAGUUUUAAAAAUACUCCAGCAGUAGGAGCUGAACGAAAAAUAUUACACAUCCAUAAUACAAAUGACCAUACAUAUUAA